UCACGUCACCAAGGAAACCCGGCUGCGCGAGGCACGUGUCAUGUAUAAAAGCGGAAGGCGGCGCAGUGGGCUGCGCACUCAGACUGAAGAAGCAUCAACCGUGAGUUAACUCAGCCUCCCCCAAGAAGCAGAAAACAUGGCAGACCUGUCUGUUGGAAUCAAUGGCUUUGGUCGUAUUGGCCGCCUCGUGUUGAGGGCCUGCCUUCAGAAAGGCAUUAACGUUGUGGCCAUCAAUGACCCCUUCAUUGACCUGCAGUACAUGGUCUACAUGUUCAAGUAUGACUCCACCCAUGGCCGUUACCAUGGUGAAGUGUCCCAGGAGGAUGGCAAGCUCGUCGUCGAUGGCAAACCCAUUGAGGUUUUCCAGUGCAUGAAGCCAGCUGAGAUCCCCUGGGGCAAUGUUGGUGCAAAAUACGUUGUGGAGUCCACUGGCGUCUUCCUCAGUGUGGAGAAGGCUUCUUCUCACCUCAGUGGCGGAGCUCAACGCGUGGUUGUGUCAGCACCCUCACCCGAUGCCCCGAUGUUUGUCAUGGGCGUUAAUGAGGACAAAUAUGAUCCCUCCUCCAUGCCCAUUGUCAGCAAUGCCUCCUGCACCACCAACUGCCUGGCCCCCCUGGCCAAAGUCAUCCAUGAUAACUUUGGCAUUGAGGAGGCUCUCAUGACUACAGUCCAUGCCUACACAGCCACCCAGAAGACAGUGGAUGGUCCCAGCGCCAAGGCCUGGCGUGACGGCCGUGGGGCCCACCAGAACAUCAUUCCAGCCUCCACUGGUGCCGCCAAGGCUGUGGGCAAAGUCAUCCCUGAGCUUAAUGGUAAGCUGACAGGCAUGGCCUUCAGGGUGCCGGUGGCUGAUGUGUCUGUGGUAGACCUGACAUGUCGCCUGUCAAAACCCGCAUCUUACGCUACCAUUAAGGAAGCUGUUAAGAAGGCCGCUCACGGGCCCCUGAAGGGAAUCCUUGGUUACACCGAGGAUCAGGUGGUGUCCUCUGACUUCAUUGGCGACUGCCACUCUUCCAUCUUCGAUGCUGGUGCUGGCAUCUCCCUCAAUGACAACUUUGUGAAGCUCAUUUCCUGGUAUGACAAUGAGUUUGGCUACAGCCACCGUGUUGCUGACCUGCUGCUGUACAUGAACUCCAAGGAGUAGACACUUCCUGUGCUGAGAGGAAGUCCGUAAAGGGACCACGCCCCACCCAUAUUUCAUCCCCUCCUUUCUCUUUUACACAUGGAACCCAGCAUAGCCCUGUCUUAGUUUCACAGCCCAUUAGCUCUACUACUGUACACGUUGGCAGCAGAAACUGUGUUAAGUGUUCUGAGUUAAUCUUGUCCUUUUCUUUCAUGAUGAGAUGAUCGGUUGUUGACAGUAUUUGUGUCUGUGUGCCCCUGCCCUCUUCACCUCCCAACGCCACUGUAGUUGUGUCGUUUUGGCUCAGUACUAUGGUUAACUGCUGUACCCAUCUCUAUGUUGGUGUGUUUCAAAGGCUUAAUCACCAGUGGAAGGAGGAACAUAAGAGGCAGAGUGACUGUAAAACCUCUAAAGAGUAAUGAGUCAAAAAAUAAAACUUGAAAACCUUCAA